AUGGCUGCUCAGCCAGAAGCAGCAGCCCAAGCUGCAGGUCUAAAAUACCCCAGACUCGGUGACAAGAAUGUGACUGCCACAGAAAUGAAGAGAGAUCAGGGGAAUGAUGACCUGCCAUGUCUUAUUAACCAUGCUCUGUGGAAAAAGUGUUUUUAUGAAAAGGUACAGCAGAGGUGUCUGAGUCUGCAGGAGACAAGGGUGAAGACGAUCCGUGCACAAAAGGCAAAAGAAGAAAAGGUAAAGAGGAGAGAGCCCAGUGACUGGCUGUCCAAAGAGUGGCUCAGUGAAGACAAGGAGUCGCUAGAUACUCGCAUCUAUUUGCUUGACAAACUCCUUCCCACAUUAAUCUCAGGAAUGAAAAAGCUGUUAAUUGAAGUGGAAAGAAAGAACGUGCUUGCACCAGACAGAGAACCAACUGAAUUUAACCCCAUUAAUUUUCUUGGAGAAUAUCUGAUGAGACAUAACCCUCAGUAUGGUAUUUCUACAGAACCAGGGCCAUACCUGAGAGGAAUGAAGAUGGUCACAGAGGAGCUAAAAACUGAGAUGCCAGGUACAGCGUCAGAGAGGCUGGCCAGGAUGAAGGCUGAGGCAAAGAACAAACGUAAGGAAAGGGAGCAGAUGGACAAAAUGAAGUCUCAGGUGAAAGAGAUGAGGAAGGAGGCGCUGGCAGUUCAGUUCAAAGAGUGGACAGUGGAUGUCAGUGGCAGAAUACCGGUUGCACUGGUUGAGAGUGCCCUGAGGUCUUUCCCGGAUGUCAUUGCUUCUAUUCCCAUAGAUGUGAGAAAAGCACUCUAUGACAGGAAGCUGGAAAUCAUAGACACAUUGGGGGAAAAAGUAAACAUACAUGAGCUCGCAGAGUAUGUCCAUUCCUACUCAGAAUAUUUUUCAAAUGACAUGUUCCAAGAGCUCCUGAAGCAUCUCUGCCAGUGUGCUGGUGACUUCCAAGAAGCAGUAAGACAUGAUAUGUGGAGGCAGAUGUUUACUGAUCUCUUCCGAGAUUGUGAUUAUGGAAAGGUUGAUCUCUUAGAUAGACAAAAAAUACUUGCUCUGCUGAUAGACUUCUAUGACAGAAGCCCAGGGAUUGCUAAGAAGGGAUUCUGUAACCCCAGACAAUGGCCAAUAGUUGAGCUGCAAGAGACUGAGCUUGCGGAUUUAUGGGGAAGCUUUGAUGACCAGAUAGAAGGAAACCAAGCAGCAGAAUCAAAUGAUGCUGAAGUGAGAAAGGAAGGAGAGGACACUGUGUCAGUGGUGAAAAGCAUUGAAUUUGAAGCUAGUGAUUUGGAUGGAGAUACUGUACCUAGUGAGAAGUCCAGUUUCCAGGAAGAUGUCAAAACAUCUGCAAGUGCAGACAGGCAGGAGGAAGCGUUCCAAGGAUCAGCCUCUACUGGGUAUGGCCUCAGUAGAGAUGGAGAAUCUGGAUCUGAAAAACAGGUGGAGAGAGAGGAAUUUAGCCAAGGAAGAGAGCCUGAUACAGAAACAAAUAGGGAAGAACAUUCUCAAGACAAAACUGUGGCAGACAUGGAUGUCAUUGCUUCAAAACAGGAUGCUCUACUUGCAGACGUUGUGAAAGAAACUCCUGCAAGGAAAGAGAGUUUUUCUAGGCAGCGUGGCAGCCCAUUUGGCCAACAGACAAGCUCAGAGACAAGACUGCAGGAUGAGGACCUUCUGCAAGACCAAGGUAAAGACUUAUAUCCCAGCAUGGCAGAGAUUCAGAACCGCUGGGCUUCUCAUACUAGGAGUGCCUUUGAUGAAAGCUGCCUCAACCUGCCACAGUUUGUACAGCUCAUGGAGACAUUUGUUGGUGAAGACAUUUCUCUGCCUACUGUGAAGAGGCUUAUUGCAUUUAUCAAAGAAGAAUACAAACAGACAGAAGAGGAAAAAAUGGACCAACUAGAAAAGGUUCACCGCAUCUCUCGUCUGGCCCAACGGAAACCGCUUCUGGAGGCACUUUUUGAAAAGUGGGACAGCAAUGCAUCUGGGUUUCUGGACCUGGAAGAGGUGGAUGCUGUUUUAAGCACAUUCAAGGAUGGGAUGGAAAAAGAAGCCUUGAGGGAGGCAAAGAAACACCUUUGCUCCCGUUACCCACAGCUCAGUGGGGUGGGGAAGCUAUCCCCAAAGGCAUUCCAGACUUUCCUUGAGUUAGUUGCUUCCGAGCUCAAUGGCAAUGAGGAUGAAGCUAUUGAUAACUUGGUGGAAUUCCUGACCAGAAGCGUGGAACAAAGUCACACGGAGUCUCUGCAAAGCUUAGCCAGGAGGAAAUGGCUGCACAAUAUCCAGCAAGCAGCUGAGACCAGCGGAGCAAGCAUGGAACCAGUUUACAAAGCAGUGUUUAAGGCCCUCUCCCAGGAUGCAGAAGCCCAUGGGGAUAACAAGAAGAUCAGUGCAUAUAUUGCCCUUUUGGAAGAGAACCAGCUCUCACCAGAGCGGGGACAGAUUCUCCUACACUAUGUGGCAUGUACCGCAGAUGACGCUCCAUAUGUUCUAAACCAGAGACUUUACAAAGACAUGAAAGGAGUAAGCUUUGCAGUUGUUGAAGAGGGAAAGCCAAUCCAUGUUCCAAGAGUUCAGCUCCAUGGAAAUAUCCACUUCUGGAACUAUGAUCGCCCAGAGGAGGAAAGGAAAGGUUCACUCCUGGUACUGCCAUUGCACGAUGCUCACUGGAGAGUCUUUGGCAUUCUAGGACUUGACACUCUUUGGGACCAGUGUGAGAAAACCAUCUUUCUGACCCAUGAGAUCAGUUUCUAUCAGGGAGUUUCUCAUGCAUUCAGCAAAGCCUACCACCAUAUCUGCACACUGGAAAAUGUGCUACAGAUGACUGUUACUGCUCUGGACUGGUUGUAUCCCAGGGCUCCCAGCAUCCACACUGUUAUUACGUACCUGGUGGAGCCUGGUGAAGACAAGACAUGGGACUGUGCCCUGCGCAAGAUGAUUACUACAGAUAAUACAGGACAGAAAGAAAUUCAUAGCUCUCCUGUUCUUCUCCUCAGAAAAGAAAACCUCUUAAGAGAUUACCUGUUUAAGUGCAUAGAUAGUUCAGAGGUGAUUUGCACUUCUGUUUGUGGAGAACACCACAUUGCAGUACCUCUCCGUGACCUAUCAGGACAAGCUCUUGGCAUAUUUGAUAUCAGCAUCGGACGCCACCAGAAAUUACCACCUCAUGAACACAAAGACCUGCAGAAAAUGCUAAAGGUGGCCCAAGCUGCCUGCUCUGAGAUACUGAAGAUGUCUUUAGAGGAAACAGAGCCAACCUAUGUCCUGGAGGCAGAACAUGUGGCAAAUUUGAGGCACUCAGGGCUUCUGUUCCACCGGUUCAUGCUGCAGGACCUGCGCGAGUGUGUCCAGAAACUCGACGCUGAAAGCUUUGCUGAAAUGAAGAGCUAUGUAGAACCACCAGCUCUGGUCCAUAACAUCGUUAAGGCUGUGCUGCUGCUUUUGCAUCCAAACUGGAAGGGCUCAGAGAAGACUGAGAACUGGAGUCAGUGUAUACUGAAACUCAAUGACAAUUUGAUUCAGGAGAUUUAUUGCUUUGAUCCAACUGCUGCAUCUGUGGAAGUUCAAGAAGAGCUGCUGCUGGACUGCAUCAGUGGUGUCCCUCGAGCAGCGGUGUGGCAGCACGGCUCCGUUCCAGCCGAGUACCUGUACCACUGGGUACACACCUGCCUGGCGCUGGCAGAGAUCACAAGGAGCCUCUGCA